AUGCAGAUUGAUUCAGUCGAAUCAAUGAAUCAAACUGCUGGUAUUCUGAAACUAGAUAGAACAUCAAGCCCUUCUGGAUCUAGAGCCAGGACCUUAAUUAUGCAGGUGGGCCCGUCAUUCCCGCGGUCGCAACCGUCGGUCAGUCGACAGUCAGUUACGUUUGGUACCGUUGAGUGCCAGCAAAACGAGGAUCUCGACGAGGAAGAUCAAAGAUCGCGAAGCGAACGACCGAACACGCAACGCAUCCCCAUCGCUGCGACCAAGUCCAAGGGAGCGAGUCCUUCGCAAAACCUGGUGCCGAUGGAGAAGUCGACCGCGGACGACGAGGGGAAUGACAGCGAGGAUGAUUAUUCGGCAUCGGUUUGCGCGAUUAUGCAACAACGGGGCUCGGCACGACGGCAAAGCCGGCGGAAACGACGUCCGUCGUCUCCGUUCGGCGUCGACAAUGUCGACGGCUUGGUACGCCGUCGAUCUUCGGUCUACACCACAAGUUCUGGGGACACGAUAAUUUCAAUGGAGGAGGGCGGUAACCAGGAGCAAAUUUUCGAGAAUCUCAAACUGCACAAGGAAGUUCUGAGCGGCGUGAAGCAACAGCCUUGGUCUCUCCGACGUAAGAUCAAGCUUGUACGGCAAGCUAAAGCUUACAUCAGACGACAUGAAGGCGCCCUGCAAGAAAGACUAGCCCAAAGUCACAGCACCAAAGAUGUCAUCGCACGCGUAUCGCUUUUUAUAACUCAGAAAUGGCAGUACUUCCGACGUGAGCUCAUCAAUCUGCAAAUGUGGCUCAUACCUUGGGAAGUCCGUAUCAUGGAAAUAGAAUCUCAUUUCGGCUCUGCCGUCGCAUCCUACUUCAUCUUUCUCCGCUGGCUCUUCUGGAUCAAUCUCGUCAUCGCGGCAACCCUUACAGCGUUCGUCGCGAUACCUGAAAUAUUGACCGCAAAUGCAACUCUUGCCGGUGAAAGGAAGAUCAUGCUGCCGGAAGAGAGGCUCAGAUCGAAGGACCUCUUCACUUUGUGGGAAUUUGAGGGUGUCCUAAAAUACUCCCUUUUUUACGGGUGGUACACCAAUCAAGAUUCGAACAGCAAUUACAGACUACCUCUGGCGUAUUUCGUCACCAAUUUGGUCGUGUACACGUACAGCUUCGUCGCAAUUCUGCGCAAGUACCGAUUUCUUUCUAUCUUGUUGUGAAUCUCGGCAGUACAGCUUUUUUCAGUUCUUUU